GAGCAUCUCCCACUAAUGCAAAGCUCAGAAGUAUCACAUCUAAGGUGCGCAUGAUGCUGCCUAUCUCUUGUUCGUCGUUGCUUUUUAACGGCACAGCACGCCACAUCCCCGAUUCCUGACAUUGAUCUGUUUAAGAGGACUAGCCUUGAACUUAUCGCAGCUGAGUCUGUGACAAGGUAUAGCUGCCAGAAUAAAUCACCGAGCUUCGCCAUUUGCCAUGCAAUUAAUCCCAUGAGGGACUGUGUGUACCGGUUUACAACACAUUUGAGUAGCUCCGGAUAACCUUUCCUCUUAUGCCUUACAAUAAUUCUUUUACUAUUGAUAACCGUUCAUUCUGGCUUGAUUGACUGUUAGUGUUGAUUAAUCUCGUACUGAUGAUUAAUUCUCAUCCUGAUGGAACAAUUAGACCUACACAAACUACCCUGAGUAUUUAUAAGUAAUCAGGGUAAGCGAGAAUGCGGCGAAGUCACUUGGUAACAUCGCAAGACUGGCAUGUCAUCAAGCUACCGACCCUACCAAAUCUCCAAUGUUACACAAAUGGUAUGCAAGCGUUAUGAUGUACAAUUGUGUCAUUGCUAUUGCAACUCCUCCCAGAUUUCCCUAAAACGGAGGUGCAAGCCCGACCUGAGCAUUCUGUCAUGCCCUUAUCGAGUGACAGGUCAUAUUUGAGUCUGAUUCUCAACUGCUGGGUUACACAAUAAUCUGAACCCCUCUUUGCGGCAGCGCUCUGUUCGCCGACUAACUUAAUCCCCUGUAAGCAUGUGGCUGCUUACGCAUAUGACGCCACUACCCCUUACGCAUCCCGGGUACAUGGUAAACCUCAGAGAAAACCCAGCUUAUUUGGCAAUACUGCAUCGGACUUAAUCCAUUUUGAGGCGGAAAAUCGUUUGACACAGAAAUGUGGCUUGCUGCCAUCAUCAUAUGACGGUGAUCAUGUUCUCUCAGCCGCAAGGUAGACAUGUUUUUGCUUCGUGUCCACAUUUGUUUCUCCAAUACCGGCCGGGAAGGGCGUUGGUCUAGACCACCAACCCAUGAUAUGACCCUUACGGUUACAUUGACGUUCCAUCUAAGAUCCCCAAGCGGAGUGAAGAGAUAACAUGUCUGCCUAUAAGAGGAAGCCAGCAGGUAAAGGACAAAAUAGAUCACUGUAAUGGCUGCCCAGACACCAGCAGACAUUGCGGAUAUUCAAUUUAUACCACCGCAAACCUCUUAGGCAAGGAACUUCAUACAGCACCUAAGUACUCUAUAUCUAAUAACUGCAAUGGAUGCAUUCUCCUCUGGUUAUGUCUGCAACCCGUGGCAUGAUCCCUCAGGGUAUCCUGCCUAUCCAACCCCAGCCGAUACUCAGUUCGGCUUUGACACUCUUGACUUGACGAGCACGUUCGCUGGAGAUCCAAACAACAUCAUCCAGCCUGAUUCCUGGUUCUUUGAAGGUUGGCUAGAUGUUUCUGGAGUUGUGCAAACAGAACAGAGUGCCAGCCAGGAGUCCACAGCAGGAGCAUGCCCAGAAUAUGACAGUCUGGGCCAACCUCACCCCGCUCAGGAAGACUAUUCACGGGCAGUACCCAAGGGUCAAGAAAACGCAGAGCUCCGUCCGAGCAAGACCGUAACCGGUACAAAGCAACGUCAUGUCAGCCAUAGGCGAGAUUCUAUACAAGAUAUCACAUCACGCGUUCGAGAGAGAAAUCGCAACCUUUCUCGCAGGUAUCGAGGUCGUAAGCAGCAUGAGGCAGAAACAUUGGAAGCUCACGAGGAGAAAUUACAAGAGGAGAAUGCUGUCCUGAGGACUUGCUAUAAUGAUUUGAGAAACGAAGUACUGGGUCUCCAGGAUCUAUUACUGCAGCAUACAGGCUGCAAUUGUACCACGAUUCACGCGUUCAUUGCCGCUCAAGCUGAGCGGUCACUACAUAGCCUUCUUUCACCAAACUCACAAUGUCAAGGUUGUCAAAAUCCGAUGGAGACUUAUAUACCUUAGAAGAGUAGUAGCAAAGGAUACCAGGCCUGGCUUUAAAGCUCUCUAUUGCUAUUUAAUUAUAAUUUAAUUAAUAUAUUAAUAGGUAUUAUUUUACAAAAGCUAUAAGGUAUUUACUAUUUGUUGUCCUCGUA